AUGGCGAACCCUGAGCUAGCGAUAGCCAAGGCCUCCUUCAGCGCCAUCCUCUUCCGCAAAGAACCCGUCUCGCUCACCCGGCCCGAGAUCGAGAGCUUCCACACCCUCCUCCACGACACGAUACACCAGUGCUCGCCGGCCAACGUUCAGGUUUGA